AGUCUCCAACCUGUAAUCUCUGCUCAGUAGAGGGGGAGGGGAGGGGCACUAGACUCUUCUACUGCUUGUGUCGGAACAGUCUCUCAAACUCAACUGCUGCUGCUACAUUCCUGUUAAAGAUGGCAUCAGACUCCAAAAUCAAACUCUCGUAUUUCCCCAUCAUCGGCCUUGCCGAGCCUAUCAGGUUUCUGUUAGCUUACUUGGGCAAGGAGUUUGAAGAUCACAGAAUUGGUGGUAAAGAGUGGCUUGCUACAAAAUCAACUACUCCAUGGGGAAAAGUUCCUGUGCUGGAGAUAAAUGGACAGAGAGUCACACAGAAUGUAGCCAUCUGCCGCUAUUUGGCUAAGGAGGCAGGACUAUGCGGCAAAGACAACUGGGAGAAUCUCAGGAUUGAUGAAAUUGUCGAUGUUCUUGGAGAUUUUCGAACUGAACUGGCAAAAUAUCACUACGAACUUGAUGCUAAGAAGAAAGAAUCCCUGAAGGACCCUCUCUUCAACGAGAUCGUACCAUUUUAUAUGAAGAAACUCGAGGCCCUUAUAAAAGAAAAUAAUGGAUAUUUGGCUAACGGAAAGUUGUCUUGGGCAGACCUGUACUUCGGGGCAGUGAGUGAUUACCUGAACUACAUGUUUGGUUCGGAGAUCACCGAUGGGUAUCCCAGCUUCAAGGCUCUCAAAGAGAAGGUGUACGCUCUGCCCCAGAUCAAGGCCUGGCUAGACAAGAGGCCUGCCGAGGACUACAGUUACAGAGAUGAGAUACUUGCGGCACUGAGCAAAAAAUGAGAAGUGGGACAGUAUUAUUGUCAUAAUGCUAUAACCGCAGGAAAAUUCUGCACCGCAGUUGUCUCAUCUUUCCAUUUGCUAUGUUACAUACUGUAUUAAUGCUACUGAUUUAUAUCAUCAAAUAAAAGUUUAUAUACAAUAAA